CGAGGCUGUGGAUGGGCUUUCCGAACGCCAAGCAAGCUUAGCCGACAUCAGCGGACUCAUAAGAAUGAACGACCAUUCAAAUGCCCACACCAUGAACGUCAUAAAGCUUACUUGAGAUCAGAACAUCUGAAGCAGCAUCUUCUUAGUCAACACCGCGGAAUGAAAAUGUUUCGUUGUCCUGUUGAAAAUUGUGGUGCGGAAUUUACAGCGAGGAGUACCUUAUAUGUCCAUGCCAAAAGACAUAAUGUUGAUACUGCCAAUCUUACCUUCCCUUGCGAGCACCCCGGUUGCAAUAAACAGUAUUCCGGCAAAUCCAAUCUGAGGAAACACAUGGUUCGAUGCUGCGGUAACCGUUCUACUCCAUGCACCGCUACCGUUUCUCCAACGGAACCUCCGGAACUGAUUAAAGUAAUUGAUCAGCCGAUUCAAAAUGACUAUAUUGCAUUGCUAUUGGGAGACGACGAGGAACAGAUGUCUGCAGACCGCUCGGUCGUCACUUUCCUCGCUUUUCCGACAGACAGUUUACAGGUAGAAAUAAAAAUGUUUCUUGUUGUGAGAUAUGGUAAUGAUUAUGAUUAA